CCAGAAUGUUUUCGCUCAAAUAUUUAAUCAUCGCUCUUGCUCUUGUCGGCUGUGCAUUAGCCCUCAAAUGCUAUACAGGGAGUACGAAGAAUAAAGACAAGCCGCCAAAGAAAACAACAGAAUGUAACACAAAUUAUUGCAUGAAGGAAUCUUGGAAAUCUGGUAAAGACAAUAUUCACACUUAUGGCUGCCCUAACUUUGCGACGGAUUGCAUGAUGAUAGGUUGCGAAACAAAAAAAGAUGUCACCACAUGCUGCUGUAAUAAGGACCUCUGCAAUGGAUCAAGUACUUUGCCAGUUCUUCUCUCGUUUAUCCCACUUAUCGUGACAAAGAUGACUCUUUAGCCAUAUCAGUGUCCUUGAUUAUUGUGAAAGAUUAAGCAUUAGAGUUAUGAAAACAAAAAUUUAAUAGUCUAUCUUUGGCAUAGGAGUCUUCUUUUGAAAUGAACCUUCAUCAAUAAACUCGCUCUGUGC